CCAGCCCAAUGCUUGUUUUAGGGUUACGAAAAAUACUAGUACGAAUCGUUCAUGGGAGCUUACUCUAACCGUCUGUUGACAGAGACGGAGAAUUUGAGAAAUUUCCUCUAAAAGGAAAUGUUUGCACACAUCUUUGGUGCUAGAUAUUUGAGAAGUCAUGGACAUCAGCUGAUCAGGCAGUUUUCACAAAUUGCCGGAUUAAAUGAAGUAGUGAUAGCCAGUGCUGUGAGGACGCCGGUGGGGUCUUUCCAAGGCAGCCUGUCUGCUCUGACAGCCCCCCAGCUUGGCAGUGUGGCAAUCAAGGCCGCUGUGGAGAGAGCAGGUAUCCCUGGUGAUGCAGUACAGGAAGUCUACAUGGGUAAUGUGCUGCAGGCCAUGGAGGGACAGGCGCCAUGUCGCCAGGCAACCCUUGGUGCUGGUCUGCCUAUCACCACCCCAACCACCACAGUCAACAAAGUGUGUGCAUCCGGCAUGAAGUCAGUGAUGAUGGCAGCUCAGAGCAUCAUGUGCGGGCAUCAGGAGAUAAUGGUUGCUGGUGGUAUGGAGAGCAUGUCUAACGCCCCCUACUACAUGAAGAGGGGCCAGACACCGUACGGGAAAGUGGAACUGCUGGAUGCAGUCGUCUAUGACGGACUUACAGACGCAUAUGGGAAGUUUCACAUGGGAAUCUGUGGUGAGAAUACAGCCAAGAAGUAUAACAUUGGUCGUGAGGCGCAAGAUGAAUACGCCAUUCGCAGCUACAAACUCAGUCAGAAGUCUGCAGCGGAAGGAGCCUUCAAGACCGAGAUUGUGCCUGUGCAGAUACCUCAGAAGAAAGGUGAUCCAGUAACAGUGAGUGAAGACGAGGAGUAUAAUAAGGUCCAGUUUGCCAAGGUUCCAACGCUGAAGGCAGUCUUUCAGAAGGAUGGUACCAUCACUGCAGCCAAUGCCAGCAAGCUAAACGAUGGGGCUGGAGCUAUAGUCCUCAUGUCAGGCAAGGCAGCAAGCAGACACAAAGUGAAACCUCUCGCAAGAAUCCUUGGUUUUGCAGAUGCUGCUAUUGAUCCUAUAGAUUUCCCCACGGCUCCUGCAUAUGCCAUUCCUAAGGUGUUGGAGAGGGCUGGUGUUAAAGCUGACGACAUCACGAUGUGGGAAAUCAAUGAGGCUUUCAGCGUGGUUGUCCUUGCAAACAUACAGAUGCUCAAACUGGACAUUAACAAGGUCAACAUUCAUGGCGGGGCGGUCAGUCUUGGACAUCCCAUUGGAAUGUCAGGCAACAGAAUCAUCACCCACAUGGUGCAUGCGCUGAGACCGGGUCAGAAAGGUCUUGCAGGAAUCUGUAACGGAGGUGGCGGAGCGUCGGCCAUCUUGAUUGAACGACUGUGAUAGAUGUGUUGUGCAUCUGAACAAUAUUGUUUAUGUGAGCCUUCGUUCUGUAAAAACAGGGCUUAUUGCAUGUGCGUAAAGUGUCGACUAAAUGAGCCUGUGCAGUCCGCACAGGCUAAUCAGAGACAAUACUUUCUGCUAAAACUAGACUUUGCCAUAUAUAAGACUACCUUUAAGUUAAAAAUACCUUACAAGCAGAAAGUGUUGUCCCUGAUUAGCCUGUGUGGACUGCACAGGCUAUCUGGUAUGACACUUGACGGACAUGCAUUGAGGCCAGUUGUCCCAGAACGAGGCUCAUAUGUACAUUAAGAUGGCAGCAGUUUGGUUGUUGUUGUGUGAAAGGGAAAAUGGAUUUUAUUGUUGGAAUUGUGCGUGAUUAUAAAUAAAAUUGUGCUUGUCAAAUGCUGGUAAAAAUGAGAUUACAUUGACAAGUCUAUUGCUUAAAUUGCGCAUCUUGUUAACGGAGUUUUUUGUAUGGGCAAAAAUGAAAUACAAUUUUGAUAUCCAA